CUUCAUCGAUAAACCCUUCCUUCCUACUAUCUUCACUACCAUGACGUUCACAGCGGAGGUAGCAUGCAGCUUCUUCGGCCUCGCUUAUCGCAAUCGCAAACCCUUCACUCUCUCACUCCAAACCACUCUCCUCCCUCUUCUACGCAGAACAACCACUCACUCCCAUUCCCAAUCGUUAACAUUCCCUCUUAGACCCUCUCGCCGCUUCUCCGUCCCCGCCACCACCACUGCGCCGCCUCAAUCCGAGGAUUCCGACGUUUCCACCCUCAUCCCUCCCGACAAUCGUAUUCCGGCAACCAUCAUCACCGGCUUUCUCGGCUCCGGCAAGACGACACUGCUGAACCAUAUUCUCACCGCGGAGCAUGGAAAACGAAUUGCGGUUAUUGAGAACGAGUUUGGUGAAAUUGACAUAGAUGGUUCUUUGGUCGCGGCGAAAGCUGCUGGUGCUGAAGAUAUUAUGAUGUUGAACAAUGGCUGUCUUUGCUGUACUGUGAGGGGUGAUCUUGUUCGAAUGAUUUCCGAAUUAGUCGCUAAGAAGAAAGGAAAAUUUGACCAUAUUGUUAUAGAGACUACAGGUUUGGCAAAUCCAGCACCAAUAAUCCAGACCUUUUAUGCAGAGGAAAACAUUUUUAAUGAAGUCAAAUUGGAUGGUGUUGUUACUCUGGUUGACGCAAAGCAUGCUGGUUUUCAUCUUGAUGAGGUUAAGCCAAAAGGUGUGGUCAAUGAGGCUGUGGAACAGAUUGCGUAUGCAGAUCGUAUAAUUGUAAAUAAGACUGACCUAGUAGGUGAAUCAGACAUUGCUUCUUUGGUCCAGCGGAUAAGGAAAAUAAACAGCUUGGCCAACUUAAAGCGGACAGAGUAUGGAAAAGUUAACUUGGAUUAUGUUCUUGGCAUUGGGGGCUUUGAUUUGGAGAGGAUUGAGAAUGCCAUUAAUGAUGAAGGUGCAAAAGAAGAUCAUGACCACAGCCAUGACCACGAGCAUGAGCACCAUGACCAUGAUCAUCACCACCAUGACCAUGCUCAUUCCCAUGACCACAAGCAUGAACACCAUGAUCACCACUCUCAUGAUCAUAGUCACGAUCCUGGUGUUUCAUCUGUCAGCAUAGUUUGUGAAGGAAGCUUAGACCUUGAGAAGGCUAACAUGUGGCUUGGUACCUUGUUGCUGGAUCAUAGCGAAGACAUUUAUAGGAUGAAGGGACUUCUGUCUGUUCAAGGAAUGAAUGAAAGAUUUGUCUUUCAGGGAGUUCAUGACAUGUUUCAAGGUUCACCUGAAAGGUUGUGGGGGCCAGAUGAACCAAGGAUAAACAAAAUUGUAUUCAUAGGGAAAAAAUUGGAUGCUAAGGAAUUGGAAAAGGGAUUCAAGGCCUGUUUACUAUGAUACUAAGAAGUUCACUGCAGUGCUUUAAUUAUCUCUCUUUCGGCCAAAUGAUACACGUUGAAGAUAGAGUGUGCCUAUAUACCAUGUAGAACUCUGUACUACUGACGGAUCCAAUAUUAUAGUGAAAAAUGUUCCAUUUCUAGAAUACCUUCAGUCUUUGAUGUGGCUUCAAAUGUGAUUGCAUUAGUUUUAACGAUUUUUCUUGGUUUUUUCAAACAGUCAAGUGUUGUUUUAA